GAGCGCGUUCAAGAGGUUUUGAUUUCUCUCUGAAUGUUUCCGAGGCUGGAAAUCGCGUUAAAUCCCUGCGCUGAUACGACUCGGAGUCGUCGUUACCGCUGGUGUUCGUUCCGCACGAUAAUUCCAGAGCUUCGGUGUCGGCGACAGCGUUUAGUCGAUGGGCCGAACGGCAAGCGAGCCCGAGCGCCUGCGACGCGGCGUUGAGCAGGUUCUGAAGGCAACCGCCUACUCCGACGAGCAUGUAAAAGAGCUGCUCAAGAAAGUGCCAAAGCGAUGGCAGAGACACGGGGACCUGGUGAUCCUUAGGCGAGACGCUUUCGACGAUUGCCGUUGGGACCACGUCCAGGAGCGACUGUGGGAUGUGAUCUGUGAUGCCCUCCGUUGUAAGAGGCUGGCACUGGCGGGAAGAAUUGCGGACGAUGGGCACCGGACACCCCAGGUUGAGUUGGUGCGUGGACACGACGGAUGGGUCACGCACGUCGACAACAAGAUCAAGUACACCUUUGACGUAACCAAGUGCAUGUUCAGUGCGGGAAAUGUCACGGAAAAACUCCGGGUCUCCAGCAUGGACUGCCGAGGCGAGAUCGUCGUGGACCUUUUUGCAGGCAUUGGUUACUUCACCCUACCGUACCUUCUGCACACUGGAGCAGCGCACGUGCACGCCUGCGAAUGGAACCCCGAUGCCCUCGAGGCGCUGCGCAGGAACCUGCAACUGAAUGGAGUGCAGGACCGGUGCACUGUCCAUGCCGGUGAUUGCCGAGAGGUCUGUCCUGAAGGUGUGGCCGAUCGAGUCAACCUAGGCCUCAUCCCGUCGUCUGCCGUCGGCUGGCAGACGGGGUGUAAGGCGCUCAACCCUCAGCGCGAGAGCUGCUGGAUGCACGUUCAUGAAAACGUGGAAUCGAAGCCCGACGCGAAAGGGUUGGGAUCAGAACAGUUGGAAGAGCGCGUCCAUCAAGUGUGCACCAUCAUGGCAGACCUGAUGAAGCACUGUCAUCCGAGCAACAGCUGGAAUGUUACGUGUGUUCACGUAGAGCACGUCAAGUCAUACGCACCCCGCGUUGAACACGUGGUGAUGGACCUGCGGUUUGAUAAGUCGGUGGAGACGUGAAUGUGGUUAGGAUGAAUUGUGUUCCCAAGAAUGGUGCUGCUUGAAAGGUCUGCGCGUACUUGCUUGCCCUUGGAGCAUGAUGCGUCGUAAUUUGUACUACCUAAAAGGUUAUACACCUGUCACGUGGGAAGGCUUAAUGUCAUUCGCAUCGAAUGACAUUUAUGUUUAGAAUUGCUACAUUGCAGACAUCUUUCCACGUCGGGAAGAUAACGAGGCAUCGUAGUGCUAGAAAUAGUUUGCCUCACUCAGCCUUAUGUUGCGCACUUCUUGUAAAUAUUAAACUGUAAAUAGUCCUCACGCUCCUGUUUCGUUCCACGUAAUGAUGUCACUUGUUUGCUGCCACAUGGGCACAUUUGAUGCCGCUACAUUUAUUGAGGCGAAAGCCUUGUAUGUCUGAUGAGUCAAGAGACUUCGCGAGAUUUAGCAAAACCUGACGAUACUUCACGAUGACGUCAUGUUGUGAUGUCAUCGUGAUGUCUCGAUCACUGAAAUUUGUGACGUCAUCGUGACGUCAUCACAUGAAGUCAUGAUUAUAAUGAUGUUAUAUGCUUUUCUCUGCUCUUCUUAACGUUAGCUAAACGGACUGGCAAUUUCUCACAUUUAAUGUAGUAAUGUGUGUACCAUCCAUGCAUGGCACCACAAAACAGUUCCAAAAACAUCAAAAUUACUCAGUGUAUGAAUUAAAAUUUCUAUGCGAAUGACGAGUCACAGGUGAUGUCAUUGCACACUAGUUGUGCAAUGCAGCCUCCAGCAUAUUGGCUGUGGUCUAUAAUGGUUUGUUGAGAGGUCAUUGUACUGGCUCUUCUCUGCAUCUCGCAGCAUAUUAUCACCAUCAUGCGACUAAUGUGACAGUACGAGACGACGUGUGCUGGCCCAUGCUGCACUUAACACUUCGCGAGAGAGCGAAGCAUCUUCACGAGUCAAAUAGUACGUAAAUCGCUGAAGCCAAAACGACAAUGAAAAAGCACUGAGGCCACUGGCCUUACCACAUCUUUGUUUAAUGAGCUGUUCUCGGAUUGCUCUCAAAGCUUGCAGCUGGUUCUGGUAGCCGAGCUGUGCACUCUGAUGGGAAAACUGGAAGGAAGUUUCAAAUGAUUCUAGUUCGAAAGCUUUUUGGCUAGCAUGUGAGCAUAUUGCAGCAUAAAGGACUCAAAUAAACGCAGCAUACACUCUGAUGUGAACUUCUGAACGAUCCUCAAGUUGUGCCGGCUAAGAUGAGAUGCUAGUCCUGUUUUUGCUUCUUGAUUCAUUCGAUCAUACAGGAUUGUCGUAGUGGUAGCAGUAGUGUUCAUGUCUUUCAUGCGACUGUAAAUACAUUUCAGGGAAGUACUAUACAGAAAGGGGUACGAAAAUAUAAUACUAAUAUGGAAUGCCUUGCCCCUUUUCUUUGCUCCUUCCGCUAUGGUGCAUUCAUUCACCUAUGGCCAGGCUAACUGGAGGUGAUAUAUGCUUUCGUGCACUCCCUGCUGGUGUGCGGUACCCCACAGGUCAUUGAACUAUUAGCCUCAAGAUCUUCGAGAGGUGCCCUCUCGUGCGUAACAUCAGCUGGGCGACUUGGCUAUUGCUCUGCACGCUCGCUCACUACAUGACGGCAGCAUGACGCUCUUGGCUGAUCUGCCCUGCUUGAGUCAUUUAAACAUUAGUCUGCACAUCUGUGGAACAGUUUGUAGAAGUGAGAUUGCAAAGCAGUUAAUUGACUUACAUGCGCAGUAUGACAAACACUGUUGGCCAUCAACCAAAAGUUAUUUGUGUAUUUCACCAAUUUCUUUUUUUCAAGAAAAUGUGGCCUAGUGUGGACAUCUGGCACAACUAAACUAACUGUUUGAAGAUUCUUAGCACUGUCGUGAAGGAUACAAAUAGUGACUGACGGGGACACU